AUGGGAUGUGUGCUGUAUGAGUUGUGUAUGCUUCAGCGUGCAUUCGCUGCAGCAAGCCCAAUCAAUCUCAUCCCCCAAAUAUUGGGAGGUUCUUACCCAUCUCUCCCAGAGAGCUUCUCAUCUGAGAUCCGCGACCUCCUGUGUGACAUCUUCCAACAAGACCCGACCAUUAGGCCUUCAGUUUAUGAAAUUAUGGCAAAACCCUUUAUUAUCAGUUUCCUCACAAAAAAGAGUGAGAAAACUGUGGAGGAACUCCAGAUAACCUUGAACAAGCUGAGAACUCUGGCAGACGGCUUGGAGCGUAUUCACACAGGCACCACCAUAGGUAGUCUGACGGGAGGUGUUAUUGGGGCAGCUGGAGGAAUCACCUCCUUGGUGGGGCUCAUCCUGGCUCCCUUCACUCUGGGCGCCUCCCUGAUCGUCACUGGGGUGGGUAUUGGGGUGGCUGUCGCUGGUGGAGCCACAGCAGGAGUAUCCAACAUUACCAACAUGGUCAAUCAGUCCACCGACCGCCAAGCCAUGAAGAACAUCAUCAAGGAGUUCCAGGAGAAGUUUAACUCUCUGGUGACAUCUCUACAAGACAUCGCUGAGGGUUUGGAGACACUGAGGGCAAGUGGCUCCUUUAACAUUGGAAGUGACAAUUUCAACGCAAAUGCUGGGGCAAGUGCUGGGGCGAGGUUUGGGAGGGGCCUGGGCUGCAUCCCAGAGCUCUUCAGACUACUCCAGGUGGCCACCAUUGGCAAGGUGGUAGCCCAAACUGCCAGGGCAGUGCGUGUGGCAGAGAUGGCGACAGGAAUAUUUUCCGCUUUUUUUGUAGCGGUUGAUAUCUUCUUCAUCGCCAUGGAUGCCAAAGAGAUCCACAACAUCCGACAGGCAAAGGCGAAUGAACAGUCUGGUGAUACCAGUAAGUUAGAAGUGAUGGACACAGACUCCACCACUGAGCUGAACCCUGGGUGUGAAGAACCAAAGGCUGAGGUCAAGUCAGAGACCAUGAAGUUCAUCCAAACGAUCAGACAGACAGCUGAACAGCUACAGGAGAGCCUGGACGAAUUGAUUGAUGUCAUCUCAUUCAUUCCUAAGAUAGAGGACUGUUACUUAGACAACUGACACUACUCAGUUGUAGUGACUGUAAAAGAUGCAGAAACAAGAAACAGAGCACUAGUAUCGGCUGUGUGACUGACACCCUGAUAGGCCUACAGGUUGUAAUUAUCAGCAAAUUCCUUUUUCCAUUCUCGAAAGCUUGCACAAAUCAGCCAUGACCAGUAGGUCAAAGAGACCUAACUAUUUAUCCCAGACAGCGCUGUUACUAAAGCUUGUUCCUAGGUUGUUACAGUCAACAUGAUUUGAUCUGUAUCAAAGUGUGUUCAAUAAAAGUUUGGUCUAUAAAUGUCUGCUA